AUGUAUAGGUUACACUCGAACGAGAGCAUUACACCCCCGGAUGGAAUUUGGACGCUCUCUGCAUUUAAUCGUUACAUUUUUGUUCAUGGUGUCGAUGCUUGGUGGUCUGAUUUCUCCGAGCCUUUUAUGGCUGAUUGGGUUGGUGCAGUGGAACCUGAAGCACACCAUCGUUUGAUCAUGAAUAUUCAACAUUUCAAACAAUAUCUCGAUCCAGAUUUAAUAAAUGUGUAUUCACUCCAACAUGCUAAAGCUAUAUAUGAUGGUCAACGUGGUACCACGUUGAAUAAACGUGUCUUCAUUCUCACUCGGUCUGCCUAUGCUGGCCAACAUCGUUACGCGACAGCAGUGUGGAGUGGUGAUACUUGUGCCACAUGGGAAACGUUGCGACGUUGCAUCCCUAGUGGUUUCAAUUUUUGUGCUACUGGCGAGGCAUUCUGGACUGUGGAUAUUGGUGGCUUCUUUAUCAAUUAUGAUAAAGAGAUGUGGUUCUGGCGUGGAGACUACUCGGAAGGAUGCCGUGGAACCACCGAUGGGAGUCUUCUUGAACCUGAUCCUCAGGAUACAGGUUGUAGAGAUCUAGGUUUUAGAGAACUCUAUGUUCGCUGGUUACAAUAUGCCACGUUUCUGCCUCUAUUUCGCUCACAUGGUACUGAUGCAUCCCGUGAAGUGUGGCGCUUUGGUGAAGUAGGAACGCCUUACUAUGAUGCCAUAGUGAAAUAUAUACGUCUCCGUUAUCAGUUGAUGCCAUAUAUUUAUUCACUGGCCGCUCAAAUAACCCUCAACAGUUAUACAAUGCUGCGAGCUAUAGCUCUAGAUUUUCCAGAUGACCCAAACACUUUCGACCUCAUUGAUCAAUACUUGUUUGGAUCAGCACUGUUGAUUUGUCCAGUGACAAAACCAAUGUACUACCAGCGCAACUCCAUAUCUAUUCGUGAUGAACCUAAAACGCGAUGUGUCUAUCUUCCUAUUGGCAGCCGUUGGUAUGACUUUUGGACCGAGACCAUAUAUGAAGGUGGACAGACGCAUGUUGCAAGUGCCUCAUUAGAUACAUUACCAAUCUUUGUGCGUGAAGGUUCAAUUAUUCCUAUGACACAAGUAAUGCAAUAUGUCGAUGAAGUGACUGAUGCACCAUAUGAAAUUCGCGUUUAUCGGGGUGCAGAUGCUAGGUUCACAAUCUACGAAGAUGAGGGCGAUAAUUACAAUUACGAACAAGAAGUGUUUGCACUUGUGAAUCUGUCAUGGUACGAAAGUUGCAAUCAACUGAAAAUCUCUAGUCGCCAAGGCUCCUUUUCUGGGCUCGUGACAGAGCGACAGUAUGAUAUAAUCUUCAUUUCUGAAGAAGGUCGUGAAACGAAAACUAUUAUUUUUAAGGGAGAUGAUAUGCUAGUAUCCAGCGCUAAACCAUAUAUGCAAACCAAUCUAUACGAACAAUUAUGA